CAACAACAAGAAAAAUUAUCUCAGAGCGUAUUUGUAUUUUCAUAGUGAAAGAACUUGUUAAAAAUUAAAUUAAAUAGUAAUUUUAUAUUUAAAAAAAUAUAAAAAUGAUGCGUGAGAUAAUAAUAUUUGCACUUUUUGGAUUGAGUGCAGUGUUUGCUAAUGAAUUAUAUUCAAAUAAAUAUGAUUAUGUUGAGGUUGAUGACAUCCUUGCAAAUCCACGUCAAAGAGAACAAUAUUACAAGUGCUUUGUUGGCACAGGACCUUGUGUAACUGCUGAUGCAAAAUUUUUUCAAGAAAAAUUUCCUGAAGCAAUUGUCACUAAAUGUUCAAAAUGUACACCAAAACAAUUGACAAGUUUUGAUAAAUUAACUGAUUGGUAUACAACAAAUGAGCCUGAAAAAUAUCAAGCUGUUGUUGCAAAAGCCCUGGAAAGAAUCAGCAGAAAAUCUGGAUAAUAAAUAAUCCAUAAUUUACUCAAUUGAUUUUAUUCAUGGAUAAUAAUUUUUAAAAAAUACAAAUUUGUAAAUAAAUAUGUAUAUGAAAUAAUAAAAAUAACAGAAAUAUAAAAA